GUUUAACUGUUAUUUACAGUGUUGCCUGGCUACGGGCAACGUCACUUAGCAACUAGCUGACUUCACUAGCAACGCAGACGCUUCAGAAAGAACGCGCCCAUUGUUUGCUUGCUUAAGUUUCUUUCGACAUCAUGGACGCAACAGCCAAGCCCCUGCGAAUCCCCCCUGAAAUGCGAACCUAUGCAGAGCAGCAUGGCAUCUUCGAUUUGAUACAGGCGAUGAUGAAAAGACUGCUGAUGGAGAAGCCAGAGGACCCCAUAGAGUACCUGAUUGAUCUCUUGAAGAACAACAGCAUUGAAGUUCCAAGGAUUUUCGUGUUAGGCCCGCCAGCUUCUGGGAAAAGGACAGUGGUGAAGCAGCUUUGCAAGCACCUCGGAGCCACCCGCAUCAGCACAGAGAGCUUGCUGAGGGAGGAGAGUGACCUGGUCAAGGAGGCCUUGGAGUACAAAGCAAAUCAACAGGAGAUUCCCAGCAUGCUGUGGAUCAACCUGGUCCAGCAGCGCCUGUCAAAAAAGGAUUGCAUCAAACGGGGCUGGGUUUUUGAAGGUUUUCCCAAGACCCGCGAGCAGGCUUUCCGACUGCAGGCAGCAGGCAUCGCGCCGGAGCAUGUGGUGCUGCUGGAUGCCCCAGACACAGUCCUAAUUGAGAGGAACCUGGGGAAGAGGAUUGAUCCCGUCACUGGAGAUGUGUACCACACAUCCUUCGACUGGCCCAGCAGUGAACAUGUGGAGAAGCGGCUGGUGGAGGCGGAUGGGAUCUGGGAGUCUGAGACGGUCGCCAGUCUGCUGGAGUACCAGAGGAACCUCAAAGGACUGGAGAGCACCUACAGCACCGUCUCCAGAGUCAUCAACGCAGACCAGCCCAGCAUCGACGUCUUCUCACAGGUCCUGACCUUUGUGCUGAGCCGGCAUCGAUCCGUAGCCCCCCACACUCCACGGAUCCUCCUGCACGGACCCCCAGGCAGUGGGAAGAGUCUCCAGGCAGCACUAAUAGCUCAGAAAUACAACAUUGUCAACAUUUGCUGUGGGCAGGUUCUGAAGGCGGUGGCAGCAGAUGAAACAAGUCAAGGAGAGCUCAUUAAACCGGGUCUGGAAACCGGACAACAAGUGCCUGACAGCACGGUGCUGAAGAUCCUGACUGAGCGCCUCAGUAGACUGGACUGCACCACCCGCGGCUGGGUCCUGCAUGGCUGCCCUCGCAACCUGGAGCAGGCAGAGAAACUCAACAGUGCCGGCUUCACGCCAAACAGGGUGUUUUUCUUGGAUAUGCCUGAUGAGGUCGCUGUGGAGAGGGUGACUUUCAGAAUGACCGACCCUGUCACAGGCCAAAGGUACCACUCCUUGUACAAGGCGGCCCCCAGCCAGCAGAUCCAGGACCGGCUGCAGGUGAACCCGCGGGACUCAGCUGAAAGUCUGCAGCGGCGUCUGGACCUGUACCGAACCAACCUCCCGGAGCUGCAGGAGCUGUACAGCGACGCCAUCUACGUCAACGCUGACCAGGACCCCCACGCCAUCUUCGAGUUUCUGGAGAGCCACAUCGUCAACCGGCUGCCCAAGCCCCUCUCCCACAGGUGGACUCCGAGCCCCUCGGACUGAGCCGGGCGUAGGGACUGACAGGGAGAGGGCAGACAGACGCGCACGCAGAGCUUAUUCCACUCCGGUAUGGUCUCUUUGCUACAGCAAGGCUGUUUAAUGCAAAACACUUAUUGUUUGCUGUUAGUAUUUAACAAAAUUUGAGUUAAUUUGUAAUUACUUUGGAAUUCCAGACACUGCUUGUAAAGCAAAUAACCAAAUAAACAAAAUGUAUACAA